CUUGCCUUGACUCUAUAAUUUAUAUUUUAUUUUAUUCCUGCUUUUUUGAAGGGAUUUUUUUUUGAGUUUUAUAAUCAUACACGCACAUCAUGGCCACUUCGCAACUGUUACCACUUGAGCUUAUUGACAAAUGUAUUGGAUCCCAAAUUUGGGUUGUCAUGAAGAAUGACAAGGAAUUCACUGGGAAACUACUUGGCUUUGAUGACUUUGUCAACAUGGUUCUGGAAGACGUGACGGAAUAUGAAAAGACACCUGAAGGAUACAAGGCCAACACACUCGAGCAGAUCCUUUUGAACGGAAAUAACAUUUGUGCUCUUAUUCCUGGUGGAGCAGGUCCUGUUUAAGCAGCAUUCAUAUGCGCUUACAUAUUUUUUUGCUGUUGUAAUAUGGGGAGAUCUCAAGGGCUCACUCCCUGCUCUUUUAUGCUGUUGAGAAAAAUAAAAUAAUAAAGAGAAUAAAGAAUGUAAAAAAGAAAAUAAAAGGAAUAAAAGUGUUGUACAAAACAAAACGUUCAAAUCAAAAAAGAGAAUAACAACCAGCAACUUUUUGUCUUAAUAAAAUUCAUCGGCGUCCUCUUCGUCAGCAUCAACAUCGUC